AUGGCUGAGAUUUGUUAUGAAGUAGUAGGUGAGAGUAAAUCAUCAACUUCGUGUGAACCAAGCAGCCGAGCGGCGAGGCGGCGCAGGAUGGAGGUUAGGAAUGCUAAGAUUGUGCCUCAGGUCCCUCCAUCGAAGGCGGAGGAGGAUGGAGUUGAACGUCCUCGUUCUGUGGAGCUUUGUGGAGUAACAUUUUCCUGGGAUUGCAACAACGCAGUCGAAAACUGUCGACUGGUGAGUGAAGAGAAAGUGAUUUUGCAGCCAGAAAAUGGGAGAACAAAGGAGAAUCUUUUGACGCCGAUUUUGACUCCGUUAGCGGCGUCUUCUUCUGACGUGUGGCCCAAAUUUGGGGUGGCAUCUGUUUGCGGUCGGAGAAGAGAUAUGGAAGAUGCGGUAGCAAUUCAGCCUUCAUUUUACCCAAGUGAACAUGAAAAUCCUGCAGGUUUUCAUUACUUUGCUGUUUAUGACGGCCACGGAUGCUCUCACGUGGCGACGAAAUGUAGAGAGAGAUUGCAUGAACUAAUCAGGGAAGAGCUGUUGCUCGAAAUCAAGGCAGGCAGUACCCAGUGGAAGAAUGUAAUGGAGCGAAGCUUCAUUCGGAUGGACAAGGAAGUAAUUGCAUGGAAUGAAAACGUAGUUAACAUAAGCGCCAAUUGCCGGUGCGAACUUCAAACUCCGGAAUGCGACGCUGUUGGAUCAACCGCCAUCGUCGGAAUUCUCUCUCCAGACAAGAUCGUCAUUGCUAAUUGCGGCGAUUCGAGAGCUGUGCUUUGCCGCAAUGGCAAAGCCGUCCCUCUAUCUAACGAUCACAAACCUGACCGUCCAGAUGAACUCGAUCGGAUUCAAGCGGCUGGUGGCCGUAUAAUAUAUUGGGACGGGCCUCGUGUGCUUGGAGUUCUAGCCAUGUCAAGAGCCAUAGGUGAUAAUUAUCUGAAGCCAUACGUUAGUUGUGAGCCGGAGGUAACAAUUACAGAUCGGAGUGCAGACGACGACUGCUUGAUAUUGGCAAGCGAUGGGUUGUGGGACGUUGUGUCGAAUGAGACUGCAUGUGGGGUUGCACGGAUGUGCUUAAAAGGGAAGGCGGUAUCCACCAGUGAGCCGCCGAUGGAAAGUCAUGACGGUGGUGCUGGGGAGAAUUCCGACAAGGCUUGUACAGAUGCAUCGAUGCUCCUCACCAAACUGGCUUUGGCUAGGAGGAGUUCGGACAAUGUCAGUGUGGUUGUGAUUGAUCUUAGGAAACUCUCUUGA